UCCCUUCCUCCGUAGUCCGUGGCCCCGUCUUAUCUCUCUAUUCGUGUUGGCAGUACUGCCAGUACUAGCCUACUAUACUUUUUUAUUGCUUUACUGAUUACUUCUUUCACGCCCUUCACUGACUCGGUCUCACCCCUCACCCAAACUACUCUGGGCUCACACACACCCCCCUUUACCUCAGCAACAACAUGCUCAACUCAAAUCCCUGCAAACCCACGCGUUCACCACUAUUACUAUAUUCCCCACAACACCAGCAACAACAAUAAACAAGUCCCCACCCUUAAAGCCAUCACCAUACAUAAUGGGCGGCAACGGCAAGCACCGUUGGAGAAUUUCGUUCCAUCGUAAUUCGAAGCUGGAGCAACAGCAGCCCAAGCAUCCCCCUCCGAACGAAUUCAUAUGCCCCAUUUCCGGUUCAUUAAUGUCCGACCCGGUCGUCGUCGCUUCCGGACAAACCUUCGAGCGCCUUUCCAUCCAAGUCUGCAACGACCUCUCCUUCUCCCCCACCCUACCCGACGGAACCCGACCCGAUUUCUCAACCAUUAUCCCCAAUCUUAACAUCAGGACCAGCAUCCAAAACUGGUGCCGUAAAACCAAGACCGUACACCCGCCCGCACCGGAUUACUCCUCACUCGAGCGCAUCGUCAAGGACGCAAUGGCCGCUGCAGCUCCUCCGCCCCCUCCGUCGGAGCCUGACAUUAGGGUUUCUGAAAAGGAGCUCCUGAAGGCGGUGCCGGACAAUCCGCCGGUGAUAUUCUCCCACGCCGCCACUGAGUUAGGUCCCCGAGUCAACCACUUCAACUCGGGAUCCUCCGAGGAGUCCGUCGUCAUCGGUGGCGCGAGUCCGGGUACUCCGCUUCCGUUUACGGUUCGGCCGACGUGCUUCUCGUCGUCGUCCUCCGUCUCCUCCGUUGAAAUUACGGAGGUCGAGAUCCAAGGGCAAAACCCUAGCGGACCUCUUUCAGAGGAAGAAGAAAAGCUCGUGGCGAAGAUGAAGAGCAACGAGGUCUUCGAGCAAGAAGAAGGAGCGAUCUCGCUUCGGAACCUCACGCGGAGCAGCGAGGAAGCAAGGGUUUCACUCUGCACGCAUCGAGUCCUCUCCCCUCUGCGUUCUCUCGUAGCAUCGAGGUACGGCGUCGUGCAGGUCAACGCUGUUGCCUCGCUGGUCAACCUUUCGCUUGAGAGACAAAACAAGGUGAGGAUCGUGCGGUCAGGAUUCGUUCCGUACCUGAUCGACGCGCUCAAGGGUGGAUCCUCUGAGACGCAGGAACACGCUGCAGGCGCGCUUUUCAGUUUAGCUUUGGAUGAUGAUAAUAAGAUGGCGAUUGGGGUCCUCGGCGCGUUGCAGCCUCUUAUGCACGCGCUCCGAUCCGAGUCCGAGCGAACUCGGCAUGACUCGGCACUCGCGCUGUACCACUUGACCCUGGUUCAGAGCAACCGGGUCAAGCUUGUGAAACUCGGCGUGGUCCCCACCUUGCUGUCGAUGGUGAAAUCUGGAACCUUAGCGAGUAGGGUUCUGUUGAUUCUUUGUAACCUUGCGGUUUGCAUGGAAGGGAGGACGGCGAUGUUGGAUGCUGAUGCGGUGGAGUGUUUUGUGGGAUUGUUGAGGGAGAACGAGUUGGACUCGGAGUCGACUCGGGAGAACUGUGUGGCGGCGCUGUAUGCGCUGAGUCACAGGAGCCUGAGAUUCAAGGGGCUGGCGAGGGAGGCGAGGGCCAUGGAGGUGCUGAAGGAGGUGGCGGAGGUGACGGGGACCGAGAGGGCGAGGGAGAAGGCCAAGAGGAUUUUGCAGAUGAUGAGGGCUGCCGGUGAUGGGGAUGAUGAUGGGUCGGAGCAUGAUGGGGUUUUGGAAUCCGGCGGGUUGACUCGGAUGAGGUACCGAGUUGGCGGCAGUGGUGGCAGGAACAAUGCCAACACCACCACGUUCUAGAUUAAUAGAGUUGACUCGAGUGAUCGGCCUUCGAGUUCAAAUUCAUUGGUUGAUGAUCUUGCAGGUAUAAUGUAAGUGUCCGUUGCUAAUUGUGGAUUAAUGGAAAGCAAUAUGAAUCAAUGCAAGUGUUCAAUUAGAUUGGAGGAGUCAUGUGAAUAUAUGAUGGUGGUAUUAGGCCUGCAUUUUCCUUAGUUACUUAUUUCUCACUAGGAAUCCAUUAGUUUAUUUUAUUUUAUAUAUAUUUUUUCGCAUUUAUUCUGGACAGUUAAAUUUGUUGGUUCAGGUUUCAGUAGGAAAAAGGAGUAAAUUAUUAGUUGAUGAAAAAUUGUAAGUAGCUAGAAAGGAUUGGAGGAGGGAUUGGUUUUUGGAUUGGUAGCUAUAGUUUGUGGUGGUGCCCUUGCUGGGUUUGGUUUGUGGUGAAAUCAUGGUGGUCAUUUUCAUAUA